CAGCAAGUACUACUGUACUGUAAGGAACAGUGACACUACGGCUACAUGCAGCGAGCGAUUUUUUACGCUUGCAUUCCGCGGACACCACGACCUUCUUUGUCGUCGGUGCCCGUCCUUCGUUCUCAUUCCCUCGAGUCCAAAACCCACCCGGUUUUUAAGUUAACCUCACAUGAUUAAUGCUUCAUUAAUUAAUAGAGUAAACAAACAUGCCAAGCACAAGAAACUGGAAACGCAGACGUGGUUUGUGACGACAAGACCCCCCUCGUAGAUCCCCGUGCCGUCUUGGCACUGCCACCCCGCACCCCCGAACGGAAUUGACAUUCCACCCAACACGAUCGGAUCGCCAGGCAAAUUGUUUUUAGGAAGAAGCCAUGUAGGCUAGCGGCUAGCCUCAUGGUUACCGGUAUCUUUCCACGCUGCAAAUGCGCGAAAUGCAACCACCACUGUUGGUUGUUCUUGUCUGCUCGUCAGUAGAAUACUCCAGCCGGGCGGGGAUGAUUCCUUCCCCAGCUGCUGCAUGCUCGUUUCUUCUCUAGUGUUUGUUCCCUUGUUUCUUUUUCCAGUACUGCUCCUUUGUUGGGUUCCUCCUCCCUCCUCUCCUCUCCUCGUCUCAGCCACCCUCCGUUCCCUCCGCGGAUUUAGGCCUUGUUUAGUUUGCAAAAUUUUUUGUUUUUAGAUACUGUAGCAUUUCGUUUUUAUUUGACAAACAUUGUCCAAUCACGAAGUAACUAGGCUUAAAAGAUUCAUCUCACAAAUUACAGAUCACGGCGGACACUGGUGCAUCAGCAGUAGCAGUAUCAGCGGGGUCCAAGAAAUGAGCUUCCGUGGGGUCGACCCGGCGGCGGCCGGGGAGGAGGAGGAGGAGGAGCUGCUGGAGCGCGUCCGUGGGAUGGUGCCGGCCGUGGCUGCAGCGGCGCGAGCGGCGGGCGGGUUCCCGGGACGGUGGAAGGCGAUCGCCGCGAAGCUGGACACGCUCCCGGCGUGCCUGUCCGACCUCUCCAGCCACCCUUGCUUCGCCAGGAACGCGCUGUGCCGGGAGCUGCUGCAGUCGGUUGCCGCCACGCUCGCCGACGCGGCCGAGCUCGCGGCGCGGUGCCGGGAGCCGCCGGCGGACGGCAAGCUCAGGACGCAGAGCGCCAUCGACGCGCUGUCCGGGAGGCUCGACCUCGGACUCCGGGACUGCGCGCUGCUCGUCAAGACCGGCGUGCUGUCCGACGCCGCCGGCCCGUCCCCGUCCCCGUCCCCGCCGACGGCGGAGGCCCCGUCUGCGGCGGUGCAGGCGGACGUCCGGGAGCUGCUCGCGAGGCUGCAAAUCGGGCACGCCGAGGCCAAGAGCCGGGCCGUGGACGGGCUGCUGGACGCGCUGCGCAGGGACGAGCGGAGCGUGCUGGCGGCGCUCGGCCGCGCCAGCGUCUCCGCGAUGGUGCAGCUGCUCACGGCGUCGGCGCCCGUGGUCCGGGAGAAGGCCGCCACGGUCGUGUGCCAGGUCGCGGAGUCGGGCGGCGCCGCCUGCGAGGCGCUGCUCGUGUCCGAGGGCGUCCUGCCGCCGCUCGUCAGGCUGGCGGAGUCCGGCAGCCUCGUGGCGCGCGAGAAGGCCGUGGUCACGUUGCAGCGCCUGUCCGCGUCGUCGCCUGACGUCGCGCGUGCGGUCGUCGGCCACGGCGGCGCCGGCGCGCUCGUCGAGAUCUGCCAGACGGGGGACUCCGUCUCCCAGUCCGCCGCGGCCGGCGCGCUCAGGAACCUCUCGGCGGUGCCGGAGGUGCGGCUGGCGUUGGCCGACGAAGGAAUCGUCCGCGUCAUGGUCAGCCUGCUGGACCGCGGCGCCGUGGCGGGCGCCAAGGAGCACGCCGCCGAGUGCCUGCAGAACCUCACGUCCGGCAACGACGACCUGCGGCACGCCGUCGUGGCGGAGGGCGGGCUGCGCAGCCUGCUGCUCUACCUGGACGGCCCGCUGCCGCAGGAGCCGGCGGUGAGCGCGCUCCGGAACCUCGUGGGCGCCGUCUCGCCCGACAGCCUCGUGGCGCUCGGCGUGCUGCCUCGGCUGGUCCACGUGCUCAGGGUCGGGCCCAGUGGCGCGCAGCAGGCGGCAGCGGCGGCGGUCUGCCGGAUCUCCAGCUCCGCCGAGAUGAAGCGCGCCGUCGGCGAGCACGGCUGCAUCCCGCUGCUGGUGCGCUUGCUGGAGGCCAAGUCGAACGGCGCGCGCGAGGUGGCCGCGCAGGCGCUGGCGAGCCUGGUGAGCUGCCCUGCCAACGCCCGGGAGAUGAAGAAGGACGACAAGUGCGUGCCCAACCUGGUGCAGCUGCUGGACCCGAGCCCUGCGAACACGGCGAAGAAGUACGCCAUCGCCUGCCUCCUCACGCUGUCGGGGGCCAAGCGAUGCAAGAAGAUGAUGGUCUCGCACGGCGCCAUCGGGUACCUGAAGAAGCUCUCCGACAUGGACGUGGCCGGCGCCAAGAAGCUGCACGAGAGGCUGGAGGGCGGCAGGCUACGCAGCAUGUUCAGUAGGCACUAGCACCUGUAACUAAAACUAAUAACAACCUUGCCUGUACUAUUGCCUUGCAAAAAUUUCACCUCGGCUGUAUAGAAAUCAAACCCAGUUUCACACUCUGUAUGAAAUGAAAUGUCUGUUCAGGAACUUCGCCUAAUUGUAUCUUCAUCUAGCAAGAUCAACCGUGCAAAUUUGUACAUCUUGAUUCGUUACGGACGUGCGGUAUAUCAUUAUAUUUUGAUGAAAA